UAUUAAACAACAUUUCUCUCAAUUUUCAUGAAACAUGGAGAUUGUACCCUUUGAAACUUGUGCCCUCAUAUAUCUGUGAGCCACCUGUAGUCGUUUCCCCAAAAAGAAAAUAUUUAUUUUUUUUAUUGUUAUCUUGUUAAGUUGGUAAUAUGUUUUUCAACUUUCUACACUUAUCAAUAUAUUAUACUUAUCAUAAUAACAAAAUAACAUAAACACUAAACAAGAAAAUAACUAGAAUCUAAGUACCGAUCAGCGAACAUCGAAAGAUAAUUUUUUUUUUAAUAAUGUAAUUUUUUAUUUUUUGAUAUUUGUUUUUUUAGGGAAUUAGGCAGUAGUAAAUUCGGUUUAUUUUUAAAUCUAAUACCUAGGAUUUAUUGUUAGUUUUUACAUUGCUAUUUAUGUUAAUUUCUUCGAUUAUUGUGAUAUUAAAUUUAAUAGUAUAUUAGUAUUUAUAAACAAUGAUUAUAUUUUAAACAAUUGAAAAUAAAUUAUGGGAUUUUCAUACGAGAAACGUCCAUUAAAAAGGCCACGUUUAGGGCCACCUGAUGUUUAUCCACAAGAGCCUAAACAAAAAGAGGUAAAAAUAUUUUAAAUACAAAUAAAUAUAUAUAGUUUUAUUUUAUUUAAAUUGAUGUUAGGAUGAGCUAACAACAGUCAAUGUAAAACAUGGGUUCACAACAUCACUUACCAUAUCAGAUGAACAUCAACACGGAACAGCUCGAAAUUAUAAUAUUACAGCGUCAAAUAUUGGAGCUUUCUUCAAUGCAAUCAUUAACAAGAAAGAAGAAUUAAAUACACUCGUAGAUACUGGACGUAAGCGAUUACAAAUAAAUCCAAAAGAUAAUUUUUGGCCUGCUACUGCUCGUUCAAAGACUACUGUUGAAGCUUGGUUUAAAGACUUAGCGGGGUUUAAACCAUUGAAUAUACUUUCUAAAAAGGUAAAAUUUUAUAUUGUAUUAAAUAUUUAUGAUUAUAUUUAAUUAUAUUACAAAAGAAAUUAAAUACAUUAUGAGUCACUUAAUUUUUGGACUGAAUGUAGUGAACAAGCUAUUCAUUUUACCAAGGUGAGUCCAAUAAUGUUUCAACACUUUUACACUUAACAUUAGAAGUUAAAAAUAAAUAAAUAUAAUUACAAAUAAAAUACAGUUAAAUUAUAAUAAUAUGAUUAUCAGAGGCAGCGUUUAGAGAGUAGCCAUAGGGGCCCCUCCUAGACAUUUUAAUGUAAAUGCCGGGUUAUUACUUUUUACAUUUUAAUGGGCAUAUUUAUUUAUAUAUUAUAUAUUUUAAAAAAUAUUGGCCCCCUUAGGCAAAGAACUAAAUCUGCCAUUGGCUGGUAUGAUUUAUUUUUAUACACUCUGACAAUUUUUUCUCUUAAUAAUCCAAUCUCAAAAUAAACUAUUAUUUAAUUAUAAGAAUAAAUAAAUAAUUUAUAAUUAUUAUUAUUUUUUUAUUAAAGUUAUUUAAAGUUUAAAAAUAGGGCCAAGUGUAAAGAAAUAUUUGUAUAUUUUGUAGGCACCAAAUUUCAACAAAAAAGAAGAAAUAUUUAUGUUAUUAUGUGAAUAUAAUGUUCCAUUAAUUCGUGCUACAUGGUUUAUAAAAUUAAGUUCUGCAUAUACAGUUGCUGUGUCUGAAGCAAAAAUAAAAUCUAAACGUCAACUGCCCGAUCCUACCCUCGGUAUUUUAUUCGGCUUAAUAAUAUAUCUAAUUUGAAUUUAAAAUACAACUGUGUAACAAUACUUUCAGAAUGGACAAGUACAUUAUUAAAGUUUACAAAAGAACAAUUAACCAAACUUCAAGAGUACUAUCAAAGUUCUAAUUCUUCAAUGAAUUCAACACAUUAUGUGUCAAUGACAGAGGAUCAAAAAAUUUCACUUAAACAAUGGAAUUAUUGUACUAGUCUCAUUAAGUAUAUGUAUCAGGUAAUAUUGUGUAUUUAUUUAAUUUUAUACUAAUAUUUGACUUAUGUUGUACUGUGUUUUAGGAAGGACUUUUAGAACGACAAGAGGUUCUUCAAUGGAUUUUAGAUAUGCUUGAACGUUAUAAAUCAUCAUCUAAUAAUGAAGAUGGUUUAUUAAAAGUAUUAAGUCCAUUAGCAUUACAAUAUUGUUCAGAAUUUUGUCAAUCUGAACUUCUUAGUCGAAAAUUAGUUUACUUUUGUGCUCGUAAGUUAAAUACAAUUUGCAAUUCUGUAAUUGACUUGAAUCCACCACAGAGCCCUACUUCUAAAGGAGCUUCAAAUAAUAGUGUUCCAAGGUAUGAAUAACUUAAAUAUUUAUUUUAUUUAUAUUAUUUAUAUUUUGAAAUUUAUUUCAACUUAUAAUACAAUUUAUUUUAGCAAUACAUCUGGUGCUACCAAUGCUGCAUCUACUUUGAAUGAUAUGAUGACUUGUCCUCAUCAUAGAGAUAUUUUACUUCCUCUUAGUUGUGUUAUUCAAGUAAAAAAAAAAAAAAAAAAAUAUUUAAAAUGCUUUUAAUACUAAUGAUUCUCUCUUUAUUACAGGUUGUUUUAUUAGAAUGUCCUACUUCUCUUAUUUGGAACCAUUUGGGUGGUGGAAAACUUCCAUCAGUUUUAAAUGGAUCACCUUUAGAUUACCUUCCAUGUUCACCAGUAGUUUUACCAAUGCCUCAAAGAACGAAUAAUGUUUUAUUAAGGUAUAUCAAAAUACAAAUACUUUAAUUUAACUUGCACUUUCAAAUAUUUUUAACAUGCCGUUUAACUAAUUGUCUUAGUGAAAAUAUAAAGUCUUAGUUAAAAUAUAAAAGUCUCAAUAUAAUUGAAUAUUUAAAAUGUAGUUUCCUAUUCAUAACUUAUAAGCAUGUCCAAAGUUUAAAGUAACAAAAAAAUUGAAAUUUAUAGUGUAUACAAUUAUUUCUUUACAAUUCUACUUCUAUAUAUCUUUUAACAACAUUUUAUUUGUUUAUAAAGAAUAACUUCUGUUCAAUAUUGAUUUAUUGUUAUUAUUAUUAUUUUAAAUCUCUUUCAUUAUAUCAAUCAUUUUUAAUUCAAUUUUUCUUUUGACAGGAAACAGUUAAGACAAGCAGAAGAAAUUGUUAAAAUAAGAAGUCAAGCAGCAGAAGGUAGAUGGUGUUUAGAUAAAUUUCAUAAGUCAUCAAUUGGUAAAUUAAAUUAAAUAUGUAUUUUUGUAAUUAUUAUGAACAAAUUAUUAUUAUUUACUCAAAUAUAUAGUUUUAUUGUGAAUGUUUCCAUAUUUUUUAACUGGUUAGGUGCUAAAACAAUGAAAAUUUUAAAUGUUUUGGAUGCACUUGAUCGACAUAGUUUUGAACGUAUUGAUCCAAACAAUUCAUUAGAUACAUUAUAUAAUAAACUAUUUUUACCACCAAAUUCUAAGGACAGUUCAAAUCCUCUGCUUGCUGUUGGAAAUAUUUCAAUACCUACUGAAAAUGAAAAUUCAAAAGACAACCGAUCUGAAUAUGUAAAUACAUUUUUUAUACAAUGUGUUAUGUUACUAAAAUCAUUUUUUUUUUUAGAAUAUUGAACAAGAUCAAAUUGUUGUGAAAGUUUUAUGCGAAUGGGCUCUAAGUAGUUUAAGACGGGGUGAACACCGUGGAAUGGCAGUGGCAAGAUUAUUAGACAAACGUCAAGCUGAAAUCACUGGACGUGAAAGUGAUUCAUCUGUAGAAGCCUUACCUAGUGGUCCUAGUGAAGAUAAAGAUUCUAUUGUUUCUACACCCGCUACCCUUCCACUGUUUCAACCACUUUUAAUGAAUUUUUUGGAUCAUGAUGCACCAGUACUUGGUAUUAAUUAUAAUUAUAAUAUACUAAAGGAUAGUACAAUAAAUGUACAUAUUUUUUUUUUCAGAAAAUACAAGUACAAGUCGUACUACAUUUACAAAUUUAGUACAUUUAUUUACUGAACUUAUAAGAAACGAUGUAUUUUCACAUGAUGCAUACAUGUGUACUUUAAUAUCUAGGGGAGAUUUGCAAUCUACUAAUAAUAUGGGUAAUGUAUUAAUGCUAACACAAAUUUAAAUAAAAUAACCUGAUAAAUAAUUUUAGGAAUGUGUCAACCAGGAAGUAAUAAAUCAGCAGAUACACCUUCAGGUGCUGGUCCAUCUCAAGCACAAGUUCACAUGGAAGAUGAUAAUCUUUUUGAUUUAAAACCAAAUGUUCCAGUAAGCUGUUUUUGGAUGUAUUCUAUUUUAUACAAAUUUAUGGAUGUUUAUUAAGGUCUAGUUUAUACCGAGCAUACUAAGCUUUGGUACGUUUCAAAUUUGAUCUAGUAUGCUAUGCUAGAACGUAUCAGAUUAUGUUGAUACUCUCCUGUUUACAUUAAAAACUUGAUGCAUAUCAAACGGCUGGUACGCAUAUCAAGUUGAUGGUGUAAACUUGGCCUAAGAUUUUAUAAUGAAAUAUUUAAAUUUGAUAAGGAUUUAAUUAGAAGAAAAUAAUCUAUUUUUAAUAUAAAUAUAAUUUCAUUUAGGAACAUCAUAAUCGACAUAUGGAUUAUGAUGAUAGUAAAAUAGAUGAUGAUCUUGAUAAACUACUUCAGCAUAUUAAAGAGGAACAACAAAAUUCAAUGGUACUAUUUUGUCAUUCAAUAUAAUUUUAAUCAAGUAUUAUUUAAUAAUUUUUUAUUUUCAAAUAAUUUUUAGGAUGCUCCCGAUUCUCCAAAAGUUGAACCAUUUGCUGGUUCAUCGAUCGGGGGAUUGGAAUCAAAUGAUCCAUCUACAAACACUAAUGAUAAUAUCUAUAAAUGUCGACCAUCUCGACAUUUAUUAUAUGCAACACAUUUUCCUUUACCUUUGGUAAAUUUAUUUUGUAUAUAUAUAUAUAUAUAUUCAAUUAAAAAUAAAUAUUUUUCCAUUAAUGUCUAGGAUGAAGAAACCACGAGUCAUGAUUGUAAUCAAAGGCAUGUAUUGUUGUAUGGUUUUGGUAAGAUGAGAGAUGAUGCAAGACAUACUAUUAAACGUAUUAGUAAAGAUAUAUGUAAAUUAUUUAGUAAAAAAUUCAGUAUUGAUAUUGCAGAAGGUAAAUAUUACUCCUACUAUAUAAUAUAUUUAAUAUUACUUUGUAUUUAUCAUUUUCAUCCCUGUAAUUACCGUCUGGCGUGCAUUAUAAAUAAAUUAAAUAUUUUCAUGUGGUUAUAGGUGGAAAAGUUAAAAAGCAUUUGAGAAAUGAGUUCAAUUUUGAAGCAACAACUUCUCGUGUACAAAAUUUAUCAUAUUUUGAUCAGCAUGUUGUAACUUGGCAAUGCAGUCUUAAUGUACUAGAAGCAAUAAAUGCAUUUGCGACAGGUAAUUUAUAAUUAUUUGUUGUUAUAUGUUAUUUAAAAAUAUUUUGUACUUUUGAUCUAUAUUUGAAGUAAUUGAUAAUAAUUAGGACCUGGAACUUCAUGACCUAAAAUGAACUGACAGAAAGUGUUAAAAAUUUUUUUAUUUUACUGUAAGAGUAAAUUAAAAUAAAUUAUUAAAUAUUGUUUAGAGAUAAAAAUCUUAUUAACUCUAAUAAAUAAAAAAAAUUCUAAAAUAUAAUUAAAAUGCCCCUGUGUUCAGGAAGUUGUGAAGGUAGAAUACUUAAAGUUAUUUAAUUUAUAUCUGUAAGCCAUUACCAACAAAAAAAGAUUUUGAGCAUGUAUUUCACAAUUUUCUAAAAAUACUUAUAUUGAAUUAUUUACCUUUUCAAGAAGCAUAUUUUCUCAAGCAUUCCAAGAAACAAAUUUCUAUGAAUAUGAGCUAUAAGAACAAAAAAAAAAAAAAAAUCAAAAUGCAUUGUUCUGGGCCUUAUUAACUUAAAUAAUUGAUUGACUUUUGUUCAUUUAUAUGUUAUCUAGGAAAUUCAAAUUAUCUUCCGGUCCAAGAACAUGUAGCUUUCUUAUUUGAUCUUAUGGAAUUGGCAUUAAAUGUCAAUACCCUUUUAGAUGUUUGUAUUCAGGUAAAUAUGAAUUUUGAAUAAUAUAAAAAUUAAAAUAUAAUAUUUUAUAUUGGGUUUUCCAAUUGGAGUUAAUGAUCAAAUAUCUACCAUUUAAACAUUAAAUUACAAAUACAAUAAAUACAAAUAUUAAAAUAAUAAUUUUUUUUAGAUUUUAAUGGAUAUACCAGAUGUUGAAGCACAAUUAGCAGCGAAAGGGUCAUCUUUAGUAAGAAUAUAUACAACGUCUUUAGUUCUUUACAUUGUUGGAGUUUUGCGUAGAUAUCAUUGUUGUCUUUUAUGUAAGUAUUAUAUUAUUCUUCUCAUUUGUUUUCAUCUAAACUAUUUGAGGUCAGCCAAUCUCGUCUUAAAAUUCCACUUGAACCAAUUUUCCACCUCACAUACACUGGUUCGCUGCUAUCCUUAUUUCAUUCUAACCACAUCCAACCACUUAACCUAACCUCUUUUUCAGUUUUACUACUACAUUUAUUUUCAUUACUAUUCUUAUUCCUGUUAUUCUUGUAUUUUAUAUAAAUAUAAUAAAAUGAAUAAAAAAUAAUUUACAAUUUAAAUUUUUGUUGUGCUUUGGCAAAUAAAUAAUAAUAUAUAAUAUUUUAUAUCCAUUAUUUAAUUUUAGUAAAUCAAGAACAAGUAGUUGGUGCAUUUGAAAAUUUAUACCGUGUUGUUAAACAUGUGUCAAAUCCUGCAGAUUGUUUGAGUGUUGAACGUUGUGUUCUUUCUCAUUUAUAUGAUUUAUACAUAUCUGCAGCACCUCUGUUAAAAGGCCGUUUACCAGGAGCUGAACCUUUUAAUACACUUUAUUUGAAAAUUCGACAAACACUUCAUGCAAAUCUUCAACCGUCUACUAUGACUCAUGGAAAUUGGAAUUCAAGUUACAUGAACGAUUUAAUAAUGACUUACAGAAGAGGAUGUAUGUAUUUAUUUUGUGUAUAAUAUAAUUCUGUAUAAUUUAUCGUAAAUUUUUAAGGUAAAAUUGAUCCUGGAUGGCACAGACAAUUGAAUGAAUCCCAAAGUAAUCGCUACAGCUUAGUGUGUAAUGUUGUAAUAGCUGUUGCAACUGAAACUGCAGACAUUGGACGUUUAAAUGAUUUGGCUAUACUAAGUGCAGAAUUGACAGCAUCUUGUAGUUCGUUGACAUCAGAAUGGCUGGGUAUUAUUUAUAAAAUAAUUUACUGAGAUAUUUGUUAAAAUUUAAUGAUAUUAAAAUGUAUAAUCAUUUUUGUUAAUAUUAAAUUUAAUUAAUAUGUUUUGUAUUUUUGUAUAUUUUCAGGCGUAUUAAUGGCUUUAUGUUGUUCUUCUAAUAAUCCUAUAAUUUUUGGUGAAGUUUUAUCACGUGUCGAUAUGAAUGAAAUCACUGUACACAAUUCUUUAGCUUUAUUUACAUCAAUUCUUGUUGGUAAAUAUUUUUAAUUUUUUCAAGUUUAGUCAAGUUCAAGUAAUAGUCAAUGUUCAAUUUUAAUAUAUUAUUUUUAUUACAGCACGGCAUUGUUUUUCCUUGGAAGAUUUUGUAGUACAUGUUGCUCUCCCUUCUCUAUUAACAGUUAGCAAUGAAGGUAACUUAAAUUAUAUGUUAUAACUUAUUUGUCUAUUUAAAUUUGCUAUAUUUAUACAUAAUUUGUAGGUCAUGGUGCUGCUGAUACGGAUCCAGAAGCUGAAGCAUCAGCCAGAUUAACAUGUCAUUUACUGUUACGUCUUUUUAAAACUACUGAAGUACCUCAGCCCAGUCUUUAUUCAGUUGGUUAGUAUAAUGAUCAUAAAAUAAUCAAGUUAUUAUCAAAGAAAUUUAAUAAAUGAUUAUAUAUUAUGUAAUAAAUUUAGGCACAUCACCAAACCCAAUAUCAAAUUCAAAUUCUAGCUGCAGUAUUAAGCAAAGUUGUGAUAGACAUUUAUUAGCUGCAGCUCAUAAUAAUAUUAGAGUCGGUCCUUUAUUAGCUGUAUUAAAAGCUAUUAUUGUUGUUGGGGAUGCAACUGCACAACGCCCUAACCAAUUGAUAAAAAAAUCUCCUUCGAGUCAAGUUAGUACUCCUGGUGGUACAAGCAAAAUGCCUAGUGAGUUGUCAAUCAGCCACAUUCUGGGCACAUCUGAUAUUCUUGGAGGUUCUGCUGACCAUUUGCUUAUGGAAUUAGGAGGGUAUAAUAAUAUAUUUUUAUUGGUUUUUCUUUAUUCUAAUUUAAAUCUUAGCCUAGGAAAUUCUGAUACUCAAACUCCUGGCUUAUCUGAACUGGCACAAUUUGUGUUAAGAGAAAUUUGUAGUCAAGAAUGGGUAUUAGAACGCUGUCUUCAAAAUCCUGAGGAAUUAUGUCAUCAAGAUAUGCUUUUGGACAGUAUGCUAUCAUCUAAACAGGUAUAGAAAUAAUGUAUUUAAUAAAUGUAAUGAAUUUAAAAUAACAUAAUUAUUAAAUUAACAGGCUCAAAGACUAUUGCAUAUGAUAUGUUACCCUGAAACAGCAAGUGGGUCUGACAUUUCUUUAGAUUCAAGAACAAUAAUUACUAAUAUUUUAGAGGUAAUGCACUAGUAUUUUAUUAUUUAAUUAUAAAAUUACAUAUUUUUUUUAAAAUUAAUAAUCAUAAUUUAAUGAUCAUACAAUUAUUUAUUUUAGUUUUAUUAUAUUAAAUAAUUAUAAUUGUUAUUUUAGAAUUCUGAUCAAUGGACCCUUAGAAUGUCUUGGUUAGAAAUGCAACUUAUGUUUAAACAAUUUUCUCCAAAUUCUCCAGAUCUAAAUCAGUGGCUUGAUAUAGUUGCUAAAGCAGCUAUAGAUAUGUUCCAACAUAAUUCUAAUACUCAGAACAAGUAUAUUAUUUUCAAUGUAUUAAGAAAUAAUACUAAUUGUAUUUAUAAAUUAUAAUGUUUUAGGAGUGAAAAUAUAAAAAAAACCCAUUCAAUGUGGUUAUUAGCACCACUUAUAUCUAAGUUACCUAGUGCAGUCCAAGGAAGAGUGCUAAAAGUAGCUGGUAAAAAAUAUCUAUUUGAUAUUGAAAUAUUAUUUUUUUAAGUCUAAAGUGUAUUAUUAUUUUUGGUUUGGUAUUAGGCCAAGUAUUGGAAAGUGGAAAUAUGAUUGGAAUAGGUGGUACAAAUUCUGGUAACGUAACUCCAAUUACCACACAUGGUGUCGGUGGUGGUGGCAGUAGUAGUCGAAGUAGUAACAAAGGCACUCCGCCUCAUCCUCGACCAACACAAAACACUAAUCCUGUACCACCACAACCAGCUAUUUUGGCUUACCAUCAGCCUUUCUUGUCCUUAGUACUCAGCUGUCUGAAAGGACAAGAUGACCAACGGGAGAGUUUACUUUCAUCUAUACAUAAUCAGUUGUCACAAUACUUAAUAUUGUCCAAGGAGGUAAAUAGAUAAAUAAGCAAUUUAGGGUGGUCCCCUGUUGUUUAGAUAUUUUUUAAAAUAAAUUCUGUGGAUUAUAAAUUACGGAAAAUUUAGUUUACAGUAGUUUGUUUCUGUUACCUUAUAUUAUUAAUUUUAAACUUUUUUAAAUACUUGAAUUAAAAGGGCAAUAAAAGUAAAUUCAUAACCAUUAUUAUUGGUAGAUUGUUUAGAUAAUUAUAAACUAUGUACUUUCCCAUAUUUUACGAUUAUUAAGUGAAGAUUAUAAUAAUGUAUAAUGUAUUAUCUACAGAAUUGUACAUUAUCAAAUGUUGAACUUGCAUGUUAUCAAGUUAAAAUCAAUUAACUGGCAUGAAAUUUUUUUUUAUAGUUUUAUUUAGUAAUCUAACCUUUUUGAGGGGGGUAAUCUGAAAAAAAUUAUAAAUGAAAAAUAAGGAUCACCCUAAUAAGCAUAACAAAAAUCUUAUUUAGUUAGUAUUAUAAUAUGUUUUAUAAUUAUUUAAAAAAUAGGAACGUCUCAGUAUUCAAGAAGGAUGUGCCAGCAAUAUGGAGGUUGAUACCAUGCAAGACUCACUGGCUUUAAGAUUUAGCUUAGUGGGGGGCAUGUUUGAUACAAUUCAGCGAAGUACUGCUUUGACUACCGAUUGGGCUGUUCUUUUUGUGCAGCUUGUGACUUAUUCAGUGAUAGAUUUGACUAAUAAUACGUAAGAUAUUUUUAAAAUUCAUUAAACAUUUGAAAUAAAUUCAUUUUUUAUGUUUAUAUUACCAAAAUAAUGUAAAAUAUAUUUCAGGAAAUUAUUUAACACAGUAAUAGAUAUGUUGGCCACAUUAAUACAUUCAACUCUUGUAUCUGAUUCACAAACUGAAAAAGGAGAAGAAAAUCGAAAACACUAUCAAAAUCUAAUAAAAAAACUGAAAAAAGUAAAAAUUUAUAGACUAAAGUUGUAGUAAUGUAGUAUUUUAAGAAAUGCAUGUUACAAUAAACUGAAUGUUGUUUUCAGGAAGUCGGUGAAAAACAUUCUUCAUCCAUUUCACAAGUGAGACAGCUUUUACCUUUGGGUAAGCAAUUGUGCGAAAUCAUAACCUGUGAACAAAUUGGUACUGAUAUCAAAGGAAAUAAGAUUUCAACUAGCUUAGACUCAAAUGACAAACAAGGAUUAAAAGUGUGUGAUAAACAACGUGUAAGUUCAUGGGAUUUAUUAGAAGGGCAUAAAAAUCCUGCUCCACUCUCGUGGUCAUGGUUUAGUGCUGUGCGAGUUGAACGGAAACCUUUAUGGUAUGAAGAAAAUCAUAGGAUGCUUAAGUUCCAUACACAUUCAUUAGUGAAGCCUGCUUCCUAUUUCUUAGAACCUUUGCCUUUACCUCCUGAAGAUUUGGAACCCCCACAAGAAAAACCUGUGAGUAAAAGAUUUCAUAUACAAUCUAAUUUUGUAUGGAUUUAAUAAAAAUGUAGUUUAAUUUUUUUUCACCGAAAUAUUUUAACAUGUUAUAUAUUAUGUAUAUUAUACUCAUUAUAAUAUUUAAAACUAUACAGAAUUUAAAAUAUUUUGGUGAUACAAUUUUAGGUUUUGUUUUUAGGUUGUUUUUUUUUUUAUUUCAAAUUUUUAAUCUAUGAUUUACGACAGUGUUUUAAGUUAAUUUAUACGGGGGCUUUUUAGUUCACAUUUUUUGGGGAAAUUGGAAUGAACAGUAUUUCACUUGUAAAUGUAGUGUCCUUGUGUUUAUUGUAAUCAGAUCAAAGGAGUGGGACCUGGAAUGAAUAUGGCUCCAGGACAAGGACGUCCAGAUACACCAUCUUCUGUGCCUGAAUCACCGGGUAGGGGCACUAAACGUGGUAUAAAAGUUCAAGGAGGACCGCAAAAUCCUAGACGUAAAAAACAACCACAACCUCCCCCUAUGUCACCUAUGACACCUAAUUCUCAAAUGGGACCAGGUCCUCAAAUGCAUCCACAAAUGCCGGUAAAUAAGUUGUUUUAAUAAUUAUAUGCAUAUAUUUGUUUUAAAUUUCUUAAUAUAUUCAUCUGUUUGAUAUUCAAACCAAAACAUAAUAUAAAUAAAUGUGUGUUUAAAAAAGAAUCAACCUGGUCCACACAUGGGAUACAAUACUGGUGCAGGUGGAGGAAUGUUUCCUAUGCAAUCAGGUCCAGUUACUGGUCCCACCCCUGGACCCGGUCCAUCUCAAAACCCUCAAUGGAGUGGUUAUGGACAACAAACACCGCAAAGUGGUACUAACUUCUAUUCUCAACAAAUGCCACCUACUGCUGUCCCAGGUCCUGUAUCAAGAUUUGACCGCCCAGUAAAUAAUACAUCUAAACAAGCAUUGAGUAAUAUGCUUCGUAUGCGAUUGCCUACUAAUCAAUCAUACAUGGGUCAAACAGGACAGCAACCAAAUAUGAAUACUAAUUUCCAACCUUUGCCAAGACAGCAAUUUAUACGGUAAAUUAUUUUAUUUUUAUUUUUAAUAUUUUUAUUUCAUUAAAUAAUUUAUAUUGUUAGAAGAGGACAACAUAAUGUACCAAUUCAGCCUCCUCAACAAAAUAAUCCACAGAUGUACCCGUCACAGCAACCAACACAAAUGUAUUCUAAUAUGCAACAAAGUAAAUAAAAAAUAAUUAAUUGUAAACUUUGUUUUUUUUUUACUAUAAUACUUUGUUUUUAGGUAUGAAUCAAAAUUAUGGAGGAUAUGUUGGCCAGCAACCUGGAAUGAGACCUUAUAUGCAAGUAUGUGUUUAUAUUUUUAUUAAUAUAUUUGUGUUCUUGGUAUUUUUUGUGUAAUACAGUAUCUUCUAGUUCACAUAAUCACCUAUCUCUAAAAUGUUUUAUUACAAUUAAAUUUUUUUGUGUACUAAGCGUUUAAGGGGAUUGGAACCAAUGAGUUUCUGUUUUUAUGUUACACAUGUGAAAUAUAGGGAUUUAGACGUGUUUUAUUUCUAGCAUAUCAAUUGAUCUAAUGAAGGGAUAAGAAUUCUGAAAGCAGAUUUGAAUUUGCCAUGAAGUCUACUUGAAAUAAAUUUUCCCACUUUUUCGAUUUUAAUUUUUUAAAAAAUUAAAAUAUUUCAUUUUUUCAAUUACUUUUUUAGAAUUCGAGGAGGUAAAUUUAAACAGUGGGAAAGUUGAUUUCAAGUAUAUUUCACGACAUAUUCAAAUCUGUUUUCAGAAUUCUUAUUGCUUCACUAGAUCAAUCGGUAUGUUGGAAUUAAAACAUGUCUAAAUUCCUAUAUCUCAUGUGUGUAAGACAAAGACAGAAACUCGUCGAUUCCAAUCCCCUUAACAAAGAAUUUUAAACCCUAAAUGCCAAACUUUUAAGUAAUAUUUUGAUUCUUAAAUUAUUAAUAAUUAAUUAUAAUCAUGUUUUUACAAAAUUAAAAAUAUUUUAAUAGCAUUAAUUAAAGGUAAUAUUAACAUAACAAUAAUUUCAAAAUAUAUAUUAUGAUAUUAUGUUAUGUGGAACACUAAUUUUUGUUUCUACAAACAUUAUGUUGAUUUUAAGAACUAAUACUGUUUUGUAUCAAUUAUCAAAAUAAAUAGAAUCAAAAUGUGCCUAUGAAUCAGAUGAGUGGUCCUCAGAAUCCAGCACCUCCAUAUUCUCGGCCAGCUGGUCCAAAUCAACAAGCCCAAAAUAAUCAAUAUCAUCAGGUAAGUAUUGGGGAAAAAAACGAAAAAAAAAAUAUAAACAAAAAAUGGGUAUUUAGAACUCAUCAUACUGUGCAGAAUAGUAAUACAUUUUUUAUACCAUAUAACAUUUAAUUUUAAUUUUUUCCAAAAAAUAUUUUAAAUAGGAUACUUUUAAACAUGAUUCUGAAUAAAAUUUAGUAUUUGAAUUAAAACACUUAAUUUUAAUUUUUUUUUAUUUAUCAGUAUUAUUAUCACAGUAUGUUGAGCUAUAGAACAGAAAAUUUGUAAAAUAAUAUGUAAUGUAUCUUUAAUCAUUUUUACCAUUUCAAAGUUUUAACUUAAAAAAAUAAUGCACUCACAAUCAUCAUAAUUAUUUAAUUGUAAUAAUAAAUCUAUUAGUUUCAUAGUUUUUCUCGGUUUCUAAAACUAAAUUUUUUUUUGUUAUUUAAAUUACAUAAAAAAAAGUGUCCACUAAGAUAUAGUUAAAAGUUAUAUGCAAGUAUUAAAUAUUUCAUUACUAUGUUUGUAGCAGUUGAGCCAACAGCGUAUUAGGCAGAUAAUGGCUAUGCAACAACAACAUCAACAGCAGCAGCAGCAACAACAACAGCAUCACAUGCAAAGGCAAAUGCAAAAUCCCCAGCAACCACAACAAGGCCAUCCGUAUGGUUUACAACCACCACCUUAUUAAACUGUAUGUGGAAGUCAUGCAAUUUUUUUAUAUGAUCAUUUUUUAUUGUUUGUUUUAACUUAUCUGAUAACAUAUUUAGUGUAGUAAUUUGAAAUACUGUCAUUAUAUUUAAUUAAAUAUAUAUUAUUUAUUUAUUUUCCAAAAUGCAUUGUAAUUUUUUUUUAUAAAUAAUGUAUAUAACAUAAAAAAAUUACACACAGGAUACUAAAAAUAGUUUUUAGGUUUGUUUAGUUUGUUUCUAUACAAACCAUUAUUAUUGACUUAAAUUUUAAAAUAGUUGUUGAUCAUUGCAUUUUGAAAAACUUCUGUAUGGAUCUAGAUGAGCCAAAUAAAUAGUACUUAGAAUUUCUAACUCUAAGAAAACUGAAUCAUUUCAUUCUGGUAAUAUUCUUUUUUAGGUGUAUCUUCUUAAAUUAAUCAUUAGUGUACUUCGCUCAGUAAUAUUAAAACUUCAUUUCUGUUAAUUUAUUUUGGGAAGAUAAUAAUUUUUUAUUUGUUUUAUUAUCUAUUAAAAAUUAAUAUUGUUUAAUUGAUAUAUUUAUUUCCCUAUAAACAGUAUAAACUAUAAUAAAUAUACAAAACACCCUAUGUAAGGUACAGAUUGUUUUUGAAUAACUUUUAAAACCGUUUAUUAUGGGAACACCAUUGAUUAAAUAUCACAUUAAAUAGUAAAUAGGCAUAUCAUAAUAUAAUGAGCGACUAAUUAAGAAGAAUCAGUAUAGUAUUCUGCUGACCAGAACAGAAACCUAUUUAAUGUGAACGCGUCUAAAAUCGUAAAAAAAUAUGUGUAUACUGUAUACAAAUAAUUAUGUGUACAAAACAAAUCUUUUUUUUUUGAUAUAUAGACUGUGCUUAGGAUUUAAGUUUUAAGACUUUUUUUGCUAUUCAUUAUGAACAGAAUAUUGAUAAUUGGUAUACAAUCUUCUGAAACUUUGAUAACCUAAGACGUAAAAUACGAUUGUAGUUUUUCAGAUGGUUGUUGGUCAUUUAUUAUCACGACAAAUUGAUAUAUAUACAUAAUAUACAUCACUAAACUGUAAUUUUUUAUCACAAAUUUAUUCUGCUUCCAUCCCAUAUUGGCCAGUAAGUAAUCUAAAAAAAAUCUCUGGAAAUUAAUUCCACAAAACAACUAUAGGUACUGUUAAAAAUAAUAUUUAAAAAAUUUACAAACACACUUCAAUUUUAUUUAUAUGUAUAAAUUAUCAUCUAUUUUUUGUAUAAUCAAGGUCAUCUGUAUUGUGUCCUGUAAAACAUUACCAUUAAUAAUACAAUAUAACAAACAAACUGCAUGUUAUAUAUUGACUGAUUAAUACAAUAUUAUAUUUAUUUUUAAUUUUAUGAUUAUUAUUUUUGACAGCUGUGUUCUGUGUGUAACAAUAUACAGUCAAAUCAUUGACUGAUUAAUCUAAUUUUUUUUUUACUUACAAUAAUUUUUGACAGUUAAGUUGCUUUGUUGAUUUUUUUUCUGGGAUUCUAUUGGCCACAUGCGUUAGAUACUUUCGGUAUUUUGUUAUCAAAUUAAUUUUAAUGAAAAAUAAAUAAUAUAAUCAUUGAUAUAAUAAUUAUUUGUUUUGUUUAGGACCUUUUAGACCACACAUCCAAACUGUCUGAUAUACCCGAGGUAAUUGUUAUACGUAAUAAAUGGUAAUUU